AAACAGCAAAAAGAGUAAUAAAAUCGUAAUUUCUCACUUCCUCCGUCUAUUUCGUCCCAAAAUAAUUCAGCAGCUUUCUCUCUUUCUCUCUCUCACAUGUUCAUUCGGUGAUUAUCUUUAGAAAAUAUAAAAAUUCCCAGAUACAUUCAUCCAGACAUAUAUCCGAUAUCCAAAUAUUUAUAUACUUUAUACAUACUAUACUUCAAAGAUUACACACCCAAAUAUAGUAAUUUUUUAUGCGAUUUUAGCGAUCUGUGCAAAGUCUACGUGACUUUCUUGGUGGGUUUGGUGUUUACUUCAAUUAUUGAUCAUACCCAUCUCCCGAGAUCAAAUUUCACAUCAUAAAAGAUCGAUCUUUACGAUAAAGAGUGUGUUUCAAGAACUCAGUAACUAAUGCUUCAAGAUAUGGAAUGAAGUUUUCUCGAGGGUUUUUCUCUGUGGAUUGGUGUAAUUGCAGAUUCAAAAGCUGUUGUUCUUCCUCCUUUUUGGGUCUUUUGAAGAAACAGAAGAGUUUGCGAUAGUAAAGGUUUUGACCUUUUAUUCACAAUAAAAUCAAGUCAAUGGGGAACUAUAUGUGACAAGAAUGGAUCCACAAGCAUUCAUACGUUUAUCAAUUGGUUCCCUCGGAUUACGAUACCCAGAAACAAAUCCAAAAUCCCCAAAAUCCCAAAUCCAAACCUUCUCUUCCCCAUGCACAUGUGAAAUCCGACUUCGAGGAUUUCCCGCUCAAAUCGCAUCAAUCCCACUCAUAUCAUCACCUGAAUCCACCCCAGAUUCACACAACAUAGCCUCAAGUUUCUACCUUGAAAAAUCGGAUUUAAAAGCAUUACUCACACCCGGGUGUUUCUAUAAUCCCCAAGCAUGUCUUGAAAUUGUUGUGUUCACUGGUCGAAAAGGGUCGCAUUGUGGAGUUGGAGUGAAGAGACAACAAGUUGGAACGUUUAAAUUGGAUGUGGGUCCCGAAUGGGGUGAAGGGAAACCAGUGAUUCUUUUCAAUGGGUGGAUUGGAAUCGGGAAGAUGAAACAGGAAACCAAGAAAUUUGUAGCGGAGCUUCAUCUGAGAGUGAAAUUGGAUCCUGACCCGAGAUAUGUUUUUCAGUUUGAAGAUGAAACGAAAUUGAGCCCUCAGAUUGUUCAGAUUCAAGGAAACAUCAAGCAGCCGAUUUUCAGCUGUAAAUUUAGUCAAGACAGGGUGCAGCAGGUAGAUCCGUUGAACAACUACUGGUCAAGUUCCGGCGAAGCUUCCGAUCAAGAAAUCGAGAGAAGAGAAAGAAAAGGGUGGAAAGUGAAGAUACAUGAUUUAUCAGGUUCAGCGGUGGCGGCGGCGUUCAUGACGACGCCGUUUGUUCCUUCAACAGGUUGUGACUGGGUUGCCCGGUCAAACCCAGGAUCUUGGUUAAUCGUCAGACCUGACGCUUUCCGGCCGGAAAACUGGCUUCCAUGGGGUAAACUCGAGGCGUGGCGUGAACGCGGCGGCGUUAGAGACUCCAUCUUCAUCCGCUUCCACCUUUUAUCCGAUGGACAAGAUGGAGGCGAGCUUCUCAUGUCGGAGAUACUCAUAAACGCCGAACGUGGUGGCGAGUUCUUCAUAGAUACCGACCGGCAAGCUACCUCUAACUCCAAUAUACCGAGUCCGCAGAGCAGUGGCGACUUCGCCGGACUAAGUCCGGCGGUCGGCGGAUUUGUUAUGAGUUGCAGAGUUCAAGGAGAAGGCAAAAGAGGGAAACCAAUGGUGCAGCUGGCGAUGAGACACGUAACUUGUGUGGAGGAUGCAGCGAUCUUUAUGGCGCUGGCGGUUGCCGUUGAUCUGAGUAUCGAGGCUUGCCGGCCGUUUAGAAGAAGGGUGAGGAGGGGAAACCGCCAUUCUUGGUGAAGCUUUUCUGUCAGAGAACUUAUAAUUGUGUUUCAGUGGGACUUUGAAGGAAAGUUUACUGCUGCUUUCCUGUGUUUUAGUGUAAUGACUGACGUAUUUGUACAGAUUUGAUAUUUCGGUUGUUCC